AUCAUUAGCAGAGGCAGUAAGCACUCAAUUCUACACUAAGAAUUUUUUAUUGUUUGGCACAGCAUCGAAGCGACAGUAUCCACGCUAUUUGCUAGACAUCGGAAUUUUAGGGAGGGGUGCACGAUGAUCCAAAAGAAACCUCCUUACUUUUGUUCGACAAGGUGAAAAAUUUGAUGCAUUCAAAAUUGGAUAUGUCGUCUGGAAUUGAAGCAUUCGAUGGUGCCAGGCGCCUCGGGCAGUGCAAAGUUGACAAAAACAAAAAAACUGUUUUACGGUUCUAAUCUAAUCUGCAAGAAUCGCACCAAACUUAAAAGUACAAAUAUUUUUGUGGAAUACGAUCUGGACCCGGAAUCUGUCCAAAAGCGCAAGACACUUGGACAAGCGGCUUCUGAAUACAGGAAACUUGGUCUUAAUUCCCGCAUUGCCGGAUCAGAUGUACGUAUUAACUAUAUCAACUAUACUAUCGAGGACUUGAAUAAUUUAAGUCAGGAAGAAACAAUCAAAUGCAACAAGCCUUCGACGACGAACAUGAGCAACUAUGAUUCUCUUCUAACAAAAACAUGCUUCUUAUUGGAAUGCUGUGCACCUUUUUAGUAAGUGCAACAGCAGAGUUUUGUUACACAGAUGUGGAAGCUGCUUGCAGUUCAAGUCCAACUGCAGUGGAUGGAAGAUUAUUGAAAAAUUGCAAUGCGAGGUACGGAUCUUUCGAAGGUAUGCAAGCUGAACUUCAGGCAUAUGUAAAUGCUCAUGUUGAAUCUAGUUUUGAAUAUUUGCUAAUGUCCACACAUUUUGGAAAUUACGAAGCUAAUCGAGAAGGUUUUAAAGGAUUAUAUCGUCAGUUAUCGGACAGCGCAUGGGGGAAAGCAAUUGAUAUUAUCAAAUUCAUCACAAAGCGGGGAGGUAGAAUGAAUUUUAAUCAGCUCCCACACUUAAAAAAAAAUGCGAAAGAUUCCCGAGUUCUAGAAUUGAAUGAACUGAACAGUCUAGCAAAGGCGUUGGAUACUGAAAAACAAUUGGCUGAAGAGGCCCUACGACUUCACGCACAAACGCAAAACCAUCCGAAGCAGGACGCUUCAGUAGCACAUUAUUUGGAGGAAAAAUUCAUGGAGUCACAGGCAGAAACUAUUCGAAAGUUAGCAGGACAUACAAAUGACCUUAAAAGCCUUUUAGCUGACAGAGAUUCAUCUCUUUCUGUAUAUUUGUUUGACGAAUAUCUUAAAAAACAACUUUAAAUCACUAAUUUUUUCGUUUGAAGUUUUUCUGUGAAUAGUAUUUUCGUAUAGUGGUUACUGCAUAUUUUUGCGUUAUUCAAUGUUCUCCCAGUAUGAAAUGCAUAAAAAAGAUUCAGAUAUUAUUCUUUAAUCGAUAUCAAAAAGUAUUUAGGUUAUCUUUUUAUAAUCAAUUACGUGCUAAUUAUUUAAUUGCUAUGAAGAAAAUUAUAUUCGCUAUGAAAUGGGAACAUUAAUAAAAUAUGCUUAAUAAAAAUAGGUGUAUUUUGUAUUCAAAUUAGCUCUUAGGUAAUCCAAAUAUGGUCCGCCGAAAGGCCUGUUUGGUUGGUUUUCCUUGCAUAGGUGGCUGAGAAUUUUUGCAUUAGAUCAACCGAGAGAAAAUGGUUACGAUUUUCGUAUGGCAGUACCUCGAAAAACGAGUAGGGUGCGAUCGUCUUACCUACUAGAAUUUGUUUUGUAAAAUGAUAUAAAUCAUUUCACCAUAGUAUUGUGAAAUAGUAUGAUCAGCCUCAACGCCUAACUGAAUGUAGAAUUGCGUAGGGUUAUUUGCUGAAACCGCAUUCGGACUUUGCGUAGUCACUGUGGAAAUAAGACCGGGCGUGGUUUAAGUGAUUACAAAAUGCUGAUUAAAAAAUGUUGAAGG